ACAAGUCUCCCAAAUAAUAAUCCGAUCGAUAAUGGAGAAAGAGCAGCAGCAACUUCCGACGGAGUUGUUUUGGGGUAGUCAUAACCAGAUUUGCCAGAUAGAAGGAUUCUGGUUCAUGGCGCGGCACAUGGAAAGCAUAGCCGCUUUCAGGUCCGAAUUCCAGCCGCGGAACGAUGACAUUCUCUUGGCAUCUUUCAUGAAAACAGGAACAACCUGGCUCAAGGCUCUCUGCUACAACAUCCUCGACAAACAAGAAAACGACGUUCUGGCGAAGGAGAACCCCCACGACGUGGUCCCCACGCUCGAGGCUACUUUCCUCCAAGACCGAGUCCAACACAUGUUGCUCAAUUCCCCUCCGGGUCGCAGCAGAUUGCUCCACACCCAUCUCCACUGCAGUUAUCUGCCAGAGAAGGUGAGGAGCUCGUCGCGGGGAUGCAAGCUCGUGUACGUGGCCCGGAACCCCAAGGACACGCUGGUGUCGAUGUGGCAUUUCCUCAACGGGAACUUGAAAGCGGAGGACCAGUUCCCGCUGGAGAGAGCGGUGGAGACCUUCUGCAGCGGGGUUAUGCCUUUCGGGCCUUUCUACGAGCACGUGGUGGGAUACUGGGAGGAGAGCAAGAGGCGGCCGAAGGAGGUGUUGUUUCUCAAGUACGAGGACCUGUGCAGGAACCCCGAAGAGCAAGUGAGGAAGCUGGCUUUGUUUCUUGGCAGGGAAAAAGGGAUCGAUGUGGAGAAGGUACUGUGGCGGAGCAGUUUGAACAGGCUCAAGGAGCUGGAGGUUAACAAGAAUGAUGUCUGUGCUGUUGCCCCGCACAUUCCAAAUUCCAUCUUUUUCAGGACGGGAACUGUCGGAGAUUGGAAGAACUGUUUGACUCCAGACAUGGUUCAGCGUAUUGAUAGUCUCACACGAGUUAAGCUACAGGGGACUGGACUUUCUUUUGAUGACGAGUAGUUGUUUUGUAUGUGCUACGAAAGGGUGUAGCUUUCGCGACCAUUUUCAUUAUUUCGUUAUGUAGCAGAAGGUUUCACCAUUUGGACGUUUGUUCGUGUGUGAGAAAGCGGCACCUUCGAUGUGUAUGAAGGAUAUCUAAUGGGUAUAAAAUCAUAAGUUUCUUGUCUUAAUCACCAUUUGUUUAAGUACUUUAGCUCAUAGUAUUUGUCGAACUCUUAGUAGUGAGCCCGAAGGUUUAUCAUAUGUUCGACCGUAGGGAAAAGGGCGAAGGUUUAGAAUAUAUGAGCCCGUAGGGCGAAGGAACGAAGUUGCUCGACUGAAAGGAGAGGGAGGGAAUAUGUGAGCCCGAAGGUUUAGAAUAUGUUCGACCGAAGGAACGAAGUAGUGAGCCCAAAGGUUAAGACGGCUUGUUUUGAAAGUUACUUUACUCGGAAUCUAAGGAUCAGAGAAUGAUUGGCAAUCUUACCCGUGGGCAUCCAUGAGAGGACCUAUCUUGGUAGAUUGGGAAAAAGUAGACAGACAACUCUUUCCAAAAAUUUCCAUUCCCCUAGGCUUUUGCCAUAUCGAGCUUUGCAGAAGAAAAAAAACCCAUCUUUUCUUUGUUUCUGUUCUUCAUAAACUUAAAGCAUUCGAAGACAAUAAUAAUAUUAUCCUUAAUAUACCUUCCAUAUACAAAACCACUAAAUUAUAGGCGGGGUGGGAUGGGAUGCUAACCCCAUACCCCGUUGGCACCUGCUAACCCCAAAACUCUACACACGUAUUCAUACAAACACUACACACGUAUUAUUAAAAACCACUACUACCAAUAUAUUGCACCUCAAUAUUGACGAAACUACAUAGUCCCAAGACAACUAUGACCAGAAACACUACCAUGACUGCACAUCAAACUACUACAGACCCUAAAUAUUAACAACACAGGUGAUCAAUAAAAAAAAACUACCAUG